GGGGCUCGCUCAUGCCAGGAAGUCCGUGGGUACCAACGUUGGUGGUAUUCUCUGGUCCGGUCACUCCCGAAGAGCCUACGCCAGAGUUGGUAGAACGCCUGUUCGGGCCCAUGCGUGAAGAGCUGGGAUCAAGAUUGGUAGGGCGCUCUGCCACGACAGAAGAGCCAAGGUCGAGAUUGAUGGAGCUGGUUCAUUCUCGAAGAACCGAGAUUGGGGUCGACGAGACGCUCAUUUACGGCGGGAGUGGUGUUCUUGAGCUGCUGGACCAUUGGAAGAAUGCCCUGGAACUGAAGUAUUUCCUUCAGCUCUGCCAAACUGCGCUGAGUCCUGCAAAUGAGCAUCUCCGGCAGGUGAAGAGGUCAGAUAUCCGGAAGACAUAUGGUUUUCGGGGAACAUGAAGUUGCUCUACCCGCCCAGUGG